AUGGCGGUACUUCCAACUCCCAGCAAUUAUGCAGCCAUCUGGAAUCUCAAUCCACCAUCGUCCACAAUUCCUCUUCAGGAAAGUGCCUUUGCUCUUGGUGUGAAGGGGCCUGAAUCCAUCGGUGUGGACCGCCGCACCCUCGUUUCUUACUCAGAUUAUGCAGAUGGAGGAGAAUAUCGAGCAAUCAUUAAGCUUUUCGUAUGCUAUGAGAGGCAGCCUAAUGAUGGCAACUGGGGCAUGGCCACGGGAUGGCUAAUUGCUCCCGAUCUUCUUGUCACAGCCGGACAUGUCGCUUACGAUUUCGGGCCAACUACGCAAUACGGCAAGGCGGUCAUCGUGAAAGCCUACAUGGGCUACACCGGAGCUGUGAAUGUCACUCCAACAAAUCUGUCGCGCAGGAACGUUCAGCUGCAAUACGGAGCAACAUUUAUAACAACAACUGGAUGGUUGCAGAGCGCUGGACAGGCUGAGCGUGCCGACGUCUCAUUCUUGAAGCUUGCGGGGACCUUCACGGGGAAUUUCAGACCAUUCUCUUACAUCGAUACUCCAUUGUCCGGCGUCGCUGUGAAUAUUGGUGUUGUGGGCUAUCCUGCCGACCAGCAAAACUCGGCUGGAGAAGCGGGGGCGGAGAUGUACCAAAUGAUUCAAUCUCCAGUCAUCCGUCAGUCUGAUAAUUCAGUCAUUGGAGUUCAUGUUUUUAACGAGGGCACUGUGAACUCAGCUAGCGACGUCAAUGGCAGAUACGGUAACAUGUUCGGACCUUUUAUCCGGGCCUUCAGUGAAAUGGACGCUCCAAUUGGCAACAUCUUAAACAUCAAUGUUAUCAAGCCUCUCACAGCCGGUCCUGAUACACUUAAUCUCACCAAUAUCGUGAAUGUCACGUUUAGUGGAGGUGUCACCGUAUCUCCACUUCCUGGGACUGAUACGAACGGCACGGGAGGCUCAACAACUACCCCAGUUACUCCAGUCACUCCAGUGGUCCCUGUAAGCCCAGUCCUUCCAGUCGCCCCAGUUGUGCCAGGAACGACUGGAACGACGGGCUCGACAGGUUCAACAAGUUCAACGAUUGCUCCGACAGGCGGGUCGACGACUACAACUUCUGGAACUGAAGGAUUUCUAGAUGUUUUGAAAGACAUUGUGAAAGUCUCCCUACCAGUCAUCGACACCGGACUUCGGAUUUUAUUCCCCUCUGUUGGACCACUUAGCCCUUGCGCUGCAGCUAUUGGCGGGGUUGCCCUCGGUGCCAUCUGCGAGGCUUGCGAAUCCGCGUUCAACAGCUCGACCAGAACCUUCCAACCUGCUUCAGCACCCACAGCUGACUCUUUGAACGGUUGUGCUCAGCGAGCAAUUCUUGCCGAAACGGCUCUUCAGGCUGCUUUCCGGCUUGACUCUAGGGAGCCUCAAGGUCAACAGAUUAUCACAGAUAUGGCGAAUAUUUAUGCUACCGUCCAGCCCUUGGAGGAUCUCAACAUGAAGCUAUUCCCAGCUAUAGCUGGUCCGAUUCUUCGAAUUGCGCUAAACGAUAUCACUGCAACCCCUCCAACCCAAAGCGCUACUCAAGUCAAAGUGCCUCUACCAGGCGUCGCUGCAGUCGAAUCCUCCUUCAGCAGCACGAUCAACACAUCAUUCGCAACACAACUCCUGCAACCAACCAUCAUUGUUCCAGGCCAAGAAUCAUUCUUCGACAACCUCAGCUCAGUCAUCUCAACUGGUCUCCAAUACGCAACUCCCAUCACGACCACCCUCGCUCAGUCCGCAGUUAAAUCCGCCCUGUCAGCAUCACCUGAAUCAGCUCUAGAAGCCACGGCUCGGGACAACAUCGUCUCGUUGCCACUGUUCAGACGCGCGAUCGUAGCUGAAUGUGCACUACAAGCCGUGCAAAAGAUAGACACCACAACUCUCGCCUCUCUCCCUCUGUACGACGAGCAAGGAAACCCCACCACAGAAGGCUUCUUCGACACUAUGACAAAAGCUAUGCAAACCAUUGGACAGAAAGUUCUUGAUGCAGCUCCGGAUGUGAUUGCGAGUGUUGGGCCUAUUGUUGCUUCUCUUGUUGCUAGUGCUAUUCAGAAACCAUCUGGUGGCGGGAGUAGGGCAGCUUCUGAUUUACCUAUGACGGCGGGAGUGGUGAGUGUGCAGCCUAUUUCGAUUGCGGCGUUGGCGGAUAGCAGACCAGGUACUAGUCCGGUUCCUGCUGCGGAGACUGUUUGA